AUGGCAAUAUUCCAAGAUGAAGAUGUCGAGGCAAUCAAACUGCUCGAACAGCCAUGGGCAUCGGAGAAAGUGCUUGAAGUAAGGACCGGUAGGGUAAGACCUGUCUUCGGCAUCCAGGUGCAGUCUGCUAUUUUCAAGAACGUCCGACCAGGUCCUGUUACGGUCAAUAAGUUGGGAUGUGAGGGUGAUCAACACGCCUUCGAGCUCCAUGGCGGCCCGGAAAUGGCCCUGCUGCAAUACAGCACGCUCCAUUAUCGUCGAUGGAAAGAAGAGCUCCCUGAGAGCGCACAUCUGUUUAUCCCCGGCGGAUUUGGGGAAAACCUCGUCGCAAAGUAUGCCAAUGAACGAAAUCUCUGUAUCGGCGAUGUCAUCCAGAUUGGCACCGUUGUUGCGCAGGUCUCGCUGCCGCGUCAACCAUGCUUCAAGUUGAACCACCGAUUCCAGAUCAAGGAUAUGUCCAAGCGCUCCCAGGACCUCUUUCGGACCGGAUGGAUGUAUCGAAUUCUGGAAGAAGGCACAGUGCAAGCUGGAGAUGACAUGGUACUUCUCCGACGACCGCAUCCCGAAUGGACCAUUGCCAAAGUUCAAUACUACCUCUAUCACGAUAUGCGGAACGAGACGGCCAUGAAGCAAUUGAUUGAAAUCGAGGAGCUAGGAGCAGAGAUCCGUACCAUCUUCGAGAAUCGCCUCAAGAAGCAGUAUGAGAACCAGGAGGGACGGCUCACGGGCGGCGAUAGCAUGGCAAUGGACAUUUGGUCUAGCUACAGACUUGUCAAGAAACAAAAGGAGACCCCGCGGAUUGUUUCCUUGACACUGGAGCGCACCGACCCCCUAUCGGAGACCCAGGAUGUUAAGCCAGGGUCGCAUGUGCGAGUGAAGCUGGGCCACCAAAAGCUGGUUAGGGCGUAUUCCGUCGUUGCAGGCGACACGAAUAGUUUCGAGGUCGCCGUCGCCCUCAGCGAGACUAGCCGUGGAGCAUCACGCUUUGUGCACCAGGACCUGAACCUGGGCGAUACCUUAUGGUUCGGGAAGAUCACACCGAGCUUGCCGCUUUCCAGUGACGCCGGUGAGCAUGUCUUCGUCGCCGGCGGCAUUGGCCUAACCGCAUUCAUUGCCUCCGCAAACCGCUGCCAACGCGACAAAUUGCCCUACCAUCUACACUAUCUGGUUCGAAGCUCGUGCGACCUGGCUCUGAAGAGAUAUCUCAAAUCAUUUGGAUCCAACGUUACCAUCUACGACAAGUCCGCCGGAAAGGUGUUCAAUGCCGCCACGGUGGUGGGAAAAGCGAGGAGCAACACGCAUAUCUACUGCUGCGGCUCGGAUCGACUCCAAAACGCCGUUACCGAAGCGGCGCAUUCGAUGGGUGUCUGUUCCAGUCAUCUUCACUUCGAAUCCUUCGAGAUUGCGACUUCGGGGGAUCCAUUCAUGGCCGAACUGGCUGAUUCGGGGAAGACGUUGUCUGUAGACGGAGAGAAAACUCUGCUCGAUGCUCUGCGAGAGGCGGGAUUGGAUAUUUCAUCCUCCUGCGAGGCCGGCAAUUGUGGCACUUGUCGCGUCGGUGUCAGAAGUGGCAAAGUUGAGCACCGAGGGACCGGGUUGAUGGACGAUGAAAAGAGUUCAGCUAUGCUAAGUUGUGUGUCCCGAGGCAUUGGCACCAUUGUGCUCGAUCUCUAG